CCAAGAGGCAAACCCUGAGUUUGCAUUCUCAUUCUCAUUAACCUGAUGGUGAGGGAAGGAUUCAGUGCUACUCAGGUUUUUCAUUUGUUAGAAGCCUGCACAGACUCCAAAUACAGACUGAAUGCAUACUUUCAACAGCUGCUGGCUGACAUUGCUGUUUGUACCAGGGCCAAACUCUGGCUGGCCGAGAGCUGUGGAGCAUCUUGGCUUCUGGGAGGACGUCAGAAGGAUCAUCUCGGGAUCAGAGCUGAUAACGGGAUUCCCCUACACCUUCACGGUGCCAGGCCUGCCCCAGUACCUCCAGAGCCUCACCAAACUAGCCAUCGCCACAGCCCAAGCUGGAGAGCAGACAGGGAACAUUCCCAUCUUCUUCUCUCAGCUGUUGGAGUCUUCUUUCCCUGAAGUGCGCCUGCUGACAUUAGACGCCCUGCUGGAUAGGUUCUCGACAGCAGCCUCUGGAUUAGGAGAGAAGGGACUGCCACCCUUGCUGUGGAAUAUGGGAGGGACAUUCUUGAUGUUGGCUAUGAAGGAAAAUCACCCAGAAUGCUUCUGCAAGAUACUGAAGAUUCUCCAUUGCAUGGACCCCAGCGAGUGGCUUCCGCAGACGGAGCACUGUAUUCACCUCACCCCAAAGGAGUUCCUGAUCUGGACGAUGGAUAUUGCUUCCAAUGAAAGGUCUGAAAUUCAAAGUGUAGCUCUGAGACUUGCCUCCAGAGUGAUCACCCACCACCUGCAGACGUGUGAGGAGACCAGGGACUCGGUGGCCCCCACACUGAAGUCGUGGGUUCAGUUGGUCGCCUUCUCCUGUGGAGAACACCUUCCCACAGAGUCCAGGCUGGCUGCUGCUGAAGCCCUCACCAGCACCACACCGUUCUUGCUCACCAGCCUCCAUCCCAUUCUUG